GCUGGGUUUACUUGCUAGUGACCAUAAAAGUUCCAUUUUACUUUAUUUUACUCUAUUAAUAUCAAAUCACUUGUUUAAUUAUAACAAAUUAGUGCAAAGUUUGUUGCUGCUUGUUUGAAAUAAGUUUAUGGAUUCUUGGGCACUUUUCCACAAAGGACGACAAUUGUACUCGUAUCAUUUAUUGAUUUAUUGACAUUUGAUAAGUCAUUUUGUGUUUGGUUUUAGAUUUUGGUUUUGAUAUUUUUUAAAAAUUUUUUCUUGUGGUACCCGUACUUCUUUAUCAAUGUAGAAUUAUUUCACUUUUCAUACUUUUAGUGAUUUACAUAAGAAGUGUUCUGGUUUUGCUCAGCAUUAUAUUAUAACACUCCCGAAGUGUUGUGUUGUUGUGGCAUCCUAGUAUGCCGCAGCAUCCCAGAUGAAUAUCACCAAUCUAUAAACUAUCAAAAUAUUAAUUAAAAAAUUCAUUUUACAAAAGUUACUUUAUGCAUACGUAUGGUAGCUAUUUAACAAAAUUAUGGAUAAAUACACUUAAAUUUAUUCAUUUAUUAUAUAUUUUGAUGUGUUUAUCUAUACAGAAUUGAACAUUACAUCAGACAUUAUGAUGUACAGACUGCAGCAAUGUUAUGUUGCAUGUUUGGAAAACGAAAUGACGAUAAUCCUUACAAUAAGAGAACAGUUACAGAUACUGGAAGUGGGAGUCAACAUUCUGGGAAAUGGUGGCUGAAGCCCGGUGGUUCACCUUAUCAUACAGUUGUUCCCGCAGAUACUCAAUGGGAUGGUUGGAAUUUAGUGAGUGCAUUAAAGAGGAAUAGAUCUAAUAGUUGGUCGGAUUCGUUAGAAGAAUAUCGUUUUAUGGAUUCUCUACCCGACCCUAAAGAAGUGGAAAAAGAAAACCACGAAGCAAAUAUACAAUUGUUAGAUCCUAAAACGUCGUCAAAAUACGACGAAUUUAAAAAAGUCUAUGCAGAAAUACUUUAUAGAUGGAAUUUAUUACAGCAGCGUGCUCAAGUCUUGAAGUAUGUGUUGACCGCACCAGAGAAGCACAAAGGCAUAGAAUUUUUGACUGAAUGUCAAGAUUGCCAUAAAGAUGUUCGAGGAGUGCAAUGUUUACAAUGUAAAAAUUAUAGCUUGCAUUGUGCAAUUUGCCAUCUUGCUGUAAAAGGUUCUGCCAACUUCUGCCUAUCGUGCGGUCACGGCGGACACAUGCUGCAUAUGAUGGAAUGGUUUUCCAACAGAAGUAUUUGUCCUGCCGGUUGUGGAUGCAAUUGCUUAGAAGAAAAUGAAAUAUUUGGAUGAGUAUUUUUGACUAUUCUGAUAAUACUCUAUAAAGAGGAGUGUUUGUAGUGUUGUUUAUAUAUAUAAUUUUCCAGUUUUAUGGAAAGUGAGUAUUUAAUGUCAUCUCAUAAUCAUCUGUAAACCAAUCUCAUGUCAUACUUUUGUGAAAUUUAAUAUUUUAAAUUAUGCAAAUUUAGAAAUAAUAAUUGACAAAACAUAUAUAGGAUCAUCUAAAGUUGUUUGAUUGAAUCAAAAUGUAUCCAUACAAUCAUAAGUUAUUAAGUUUAUAUUUAUUAGUAAAUGUAAUUUGAAUUAUAACAUUCCUAGCAAAAGUGCUGGAGCAAAUUUUAAAAUGCUGUUGAAAGUAUUUUUAUUGUUAUUUUUUAACCAUAUCUUCAGACUUUCAUAUGAAUAUGUGAAACUAAAUAACUAUUGAAAAAGCUCUAUCACAAUUUAAACUUAAUAAAAUAAUUGCUAAAAUUAAUAUUUAAAAGAAACUCUUUUUGUAAUUAUAAUGCCAACAAACUACAGAUUAUGAAUCAUCAUCAAAAUAUUAGUUUUUGCAUUUAUAUGCUGGCAUAUGUGAUAAUUACUGAGCUGAAAAUCUUGAGUUAAAGUUAUAGUAGAUAUAACAGUCUACUAUAUGUUUGGGAUCACUGAUUGGUUACCAUAUUGACAUUUCAGUUCUAGUCUAUGGCAAAAACUUAUGUAUGUAGACUUAUAAUCAUCACUCCCAUCUCAUCAAGAUAUUGAAAGUUAUUGUGUGACUAAGUGAUGAUUAUAAAAAUAAAUACUUUGUAUGUUGUAUCUCUUAAACUGAUGCUAAGUUACCAGAAGCCUACAGUGAUUUCAUCCCAAGAUACUCAGUUACAUUAUGGUCUAGGGCAGUGUUUUUCAACCAGGGUGCCACGAUUGGGGUGUCGCAAAGUUUAGAGCAUUUAGGCAUUUUAUUGGAAAUUCACUUAAGUGUGGUUCAAGAUAACUCAUUGUCAGUUCUAUUUUGCUACGAGA